AAUAAUCCUAAUCUAAUGUGGCUGUUUUGUUUACCACACCACACAUUUUAUGCUAAUUACACUUUUUCUCCCAAAUCCCAAACCAUUAGGUUGUCAACGUUUCACUCCCCAUCCAAAACCCUCCAAAUUGCUGAACAGACCGGCGAACCACGAAGACCCGUUUGCGCCGCAACCUUGAACCGUGGAAGGCGAACAGGAAACGGAAACGACCUCAUCGCAGCCCUCAAGGAUGGCGCCUGGCUGUCGUUGAACACCCCGCUGUCACCGCCACCCAGCCCCUCCGAGCUCCGCCUCCGAUCAGAACUGAAGGCAAAGGAGCGCUCACGGCAGAAAGCAGCAGCCGCACCUCUCUACUCGCGUGGUCGCCGUCAUCCGCGAGUAGCUGCGCAUCCAAACCUGCGAAACCAGCCGCAAGCUCCUCAACGGGUCACCGGAAACACAGCAAACAUCACUGGAAGAAUCCUAACCAUCCAAUGCACUGAACUUGAACCCCAACAACAAUUUGACACAUCCAACAAGUUAAUCAAAUCCUUAAAACAUAAUUUCACUCCUGAUUUGGUGAAUAGCGGGAAAGCUUUACCUGAUGAAGAGACUCUACUUUUGGCUUCAUGUAACUAUGAAACUAACACUAAAUGGGGUCAAGAGUGUGCUUAUUCCUUAUUGCAGAUUGGAUUCUUGUAUGGUACUGUAUGUGAAGAUGUUCACACUGAAUUCAUGCUGAAUUGCAAUGGUCGAAAUUCAGUUUUUUGUGAUCCAGCUAAGCCACAGUUCCUUCGAAACAGUACAACUAACCUGAAUGAAUUGCUAAUUCAAGGAACAAGAUGGGGUUCUGGUCUGCUUGACAUUGGUUGAAGCAUGUUCUGGCCUCUUAUACAUGGAUUUUAAUCAAGAAUAUGGUUCGUGCAGAGAGUGAGAAGGAUUAUUCCUCCUACUACUUGAUGCAUUGUGACAAAGAUGGCCUAACAGCUAAUGAUGUUUUGGAAAUGGAGCUUCAGGAUAUGCACAAAGAGGCAAAGUGCUGGAUAAAGGAGACAACUCAAUCAUGCUCCACAGUAGCAGUUCUUGUUGCCACAGUUGUCUUUGCUGCUGCCUACACAAUCACAGGUGGGAGUGAAAAAGACACACCAGUGUUCUUUGGCUCACGAGUCUUCCUCUUCUUCACUGUCACAGAUGUUGUAGCCCUUGUGAGCUCACUUGCCUCAGUGGUGAUGUUCCUUUCAAUCCUAACAUCGCCAUUCGAGCUAUGGGAUUUCUACAAGUCCCUCCCAAGAAAACUCAAUCUGGGAUUUGCACUGUUGUUCUUCUCAUUGGUGUGCACAAUGCUGGCAUUCAGCGCAACCGUUUUGCUGACGAUUCAGUUGGAGAACACAAAAUGGACUUCUGUUUUGUUCUAUUGUGCUGGAUUCCUUCUUGUGGCUAUAUUUGCAUGGAUGCAAUUCCCACUCUAUAAGACUCUUCAAAAGUUAAUUAGGAGGCUUUACAACGGUGUUAAGCAAGUGGUUGCCAAUUACAUUGAUCAAUUAUUUCAAAAGACAUAAAUGCUAUUAAUUAAUUCACCAAUGGCUAGAUAGAUGGGGACUCUGAUUGGUUAGUAAGUGAAUGAUGUUAUUAUAUCCAAUAAGCUCAACUUUUUUGCUUGAGUUUAUGUGUUACCGAAUAUAAACUAGUAUAUUUGUAAGGUGUAAAUACCAUGAAAGCAUAUAUAUUAGACCUCACCAUUGAUUGAGAAUUAAA